AUCCCUCUCCUCCCUGUACAAAAUGACCAAUCCACCAGCCUUCUUUCUCACACCCUUCUGCACACCGGCCUAGCGAUCUCCAUAAGCCUCUCUCUCUCUCUCGCUCUCUCUGCGCUUGCAGUUUGACCCUUCAAUGGGUUUCCCAUUUGGCUACCCCGAGCUCCCGAGGCUCCUCAUCCACCUGCUCUUCCUCUUACUCCACCUGAGAAGGCUUAUCAACCUGGUCUUCCACUCUCUUGGCCUCAGCAGCCUCCUGGGGUCCGAAGCCCAGUGGAAUAAUGACUCAGACAUCCACAGCUACCACCACCAAACAAGCCUUUACUCGCUUCCGGCCAAGUUGAUCCAGGAGAGCUUGCCGGUCGUCCAGUUCGAGGACCUACUCGCCGCGCAUCGCGGCCGCCACUGCUUUCCCGAGAGCUGCGCGGUGUGCCUCUAUGAGCUUGAAGGCGCCGACGAGGUCCGGCUGAUGAGCAAUUGCCGCCACGUCUUCCACCGGCGGUGCGUCGACCGGUGGUUGGAUCACGGACAGUGCACCUGCCCCAUGUGCCGAGCUCCCUUCUUCCCCGAGGAGGUCGGCAUUUCUGACGCCUCUUUCUCAUAUGACGAAGACCGCCACUACAUCAACUACUAACUGCCGCCGGCGUCUGGGCUGCGUCAGGAGUUGCCUUCCUCGUAGCGAAGUGGCUAACAGUGUACAAAGGUGUUGCAAAUGAUGCGAACACAGGUUUGAAUGCAAUAAGACAGGAAAAACCAUAUAUGCCUCGU